ACCAAGGGACUGUCUCCAGACCAAGAAACUCACCAAUAUUUGGGUGUAACGGGGAAGGCUUGAACGAGCAGAGUUUUGCCGAGACGCUUUCGAUCCUCGAAAUUCUUGCCUCUUCCUUGAACCUCGUACCAUCCACUAGCGACCACCCUCCACUCUAGACACCUCUCAGUCCGAGCAACAGCUCAAUUCAACCACCCCACCGCGCAGCAGCGCAUAAUAUCCCACCCACGCUUCCAACAUGUCUCGCGCAGCAGCGUCGAGCGGAAGCUCCCGGAAGAUCUCCUUCAAUGUUUCAGAGCAGUACGAUAUUCAAGAUGUAGUAGGAGAGGGCGCGUACGGCGUUGUCUGCUCCGCGCUGCACAAGCCAUCAGGCCAGAAGGUUGCGAUUAAGAAGAUCACACCCUUUGACCACUCCAUGUUCUGCCUGAGAACUCUGCGAGAAAUGAAGCUUCUUCGAUACUUCAACCAUGAGAACAUCAUCUCCAUUCUCGAUAUCCAAAAGCCCCGUAACUACGAAACCUUUACAGAGGUUUACCUCAUCCAGGAACUCAUGGAGACCGACAUGCAUCGUGUUAUUCGAACGCAGGAGCUGUCAGAUGACCACUGCCAGUACUUUAUUUACCAGACGUUGCGCGCUCUGAAGGCGAUGCAUUCUGCAAAUGUCCUUCACCGUGAUCUCAAGCCCUCUAACCUUCUCUUAAACGCUAAUUGCGAUCUCAAAGUCUGCGACUUUGGACUUGCUCGAUCUGCCGCUUCAACUGAGGACAACUCUGGUUUCAUGACUGAAUACGUCGCUACUCGAUGGUAUCGAGCUCCCGAGAUUAUGCUUACCUUCAAGGAGUACACAAAGGCGAUCGAUGUGUGGAGUGUAGGCUGCAUCUUGGCUGAAAUGCUUAGCGGAAAACCGCUGUUUCCUGGAAAGGAUUACCACCACCAGCUCACCUUGAUCCUGGAUGUUUUGGGCACGCCGACCAUGGAGGACUAUUACGGCAUCAAGUCCCGUCGUGCUCGAGAGUAUAUUCGCUCCCUGCCAUUCAAGAAGAAGAUUCCUUGGAAAGCUAUGUUUCCCAAGACGUCUGACCUUGCCCUGGAUCUUCUGGAGCGAUUACUCGCCUUCAACCCCGUGAAGCGUAUCACGGUAGAAGAUGCCCUGAAGCACCCAUAUCUUGAACCCUACCACGACCCAGAUGACGAGCCAACCGCCGACCCAAUUCCCGAGGAGUUCUUCGACUUCGAUAAGAACAAGGACAACUUGACCAAAGAGCAACUCAAGCUUCUCAUCUACCAGGAGAUCAUGCGGUAAUUGCCUGCCAUUUAACAGCAAUCUGAGACGUAAUUCCACUCCAUGUCUUACCCAUCUGAACGAAUUUUAGCUUCAAUACACAUUGAGGAUGCAUCUGAGAAGCUGGUCUGAGCUAACAGCAUCGAGUUGGGCUACCAUUUUCAUCGAAGAUCUUCCCCAGUGCAACAUAAUUCGGUCGGCAGCAU